UCUACGGCGCCACCAGCCAACGACCGCUCUUCGCCGCUGGGGUACGUUGGCGCCAGGCUCUCUGGACCCCGAGUCCCUCGUUCCAGCAGGCGACGCUGCUCCUCGGCUUAUGUAACAGAAAGCAGGGUGAAUUCCGGAAACCACGAUCGCAAGUGGCGAGGUCCGUCGAUACUUCGGUCGGCGAAGGAUCCAGAGGAACGCCCCAACCGGUGCCUGCCCGCGACACCAUGCGGCUGCUGCUCGUGCUGGCUCUGCUGGCGGCGCCCGCCUUCGCACGCUACGACAGCGACCGCGCCGGCUACACUUACGACGACGACGCGUACACUUCUGAGGACGCCGGUGGCCGCUACGACCGUUGCCGCGACGCUGCGUGGUCCCGGCGCGACUGCCUGCCGACGAGCCACAACAGAAUCGUCACCAGUCGUCCUGACAGGUGGGCAGCCAAGUCACGCGUGCGGAUGGGAAACGGCGGCUGGCGGGCGCUGCCUGGGGGCGCCGCGGAGCUGCACUGCCUGUUCCCAGUGCCGCUGCUCUCGAACGUGGUGUGGACCAGAGUGGACAGGUCCGGCAGCUCGAGCCGCAUCCACAGCCAGGGCCACCUGUGGCCGCGCCCGCUGCCCGGCGGCUCAGCCCUGCUGGUGGACCGCGCCUCGCCGCUCGACGUGGGCCUCUACCGCUGCCUCGCCACCGCCCUGCACCCCCGCUCCGGGCCCGUCACCGUCUUCCAGGACGUCCACUUCCAGCCCUACUUCUAACCACAGCCGGACAGCCCAGUCCAAUGCUGCCGAACCAGAGAACCGUUCUGACUUUACUGAAGCAGUCGCUAUGCUGGGCUAAAUGCUAUGUGGUGCUGCCAAUUACUAACGUCCCUCUGUUGUCACUCUGUCGCGAAGUUUGCUUCAGCUACUCACUGCCUCGAAAUCUCUACUAAACAUCCUGGGACUAUUCAAAAACAAACGAUGAAUUACAAUGUCGUUGCGUGUCUAGUGAAUGGGCUCUUUCCGUGAUGUUCACACCAGAAUUCUCAUAGUCGGAGCUACUGAGCGCAUAUUAAGUUAACGUCGCCGCUUUGCGCUAAUACUUGUUUAAUUUUAGCUGCAGAGAUCCAGUGAAGUAAGAGAUUCCAUCACCAUCACCCUGGACAUCUACUUGCAUGUACUUUAAGGGGGGUAGGACGUCAAACGGGCCGACUUGGAGCAGGAGAGUCACCACAGGACGUUUUAAUUUCUACUGUCUAUACUUUUACAAACAAAUUCAUAAAACUUUGUCACCAUGACCAGGAACGGUUGAGGACUCACACUCAUCGCAGUGGAGGUUCAAAAACGUAGCAAAAUAUCUUUUUUUUACAUGUGAAAUUUCAUCAUUUUUUCUCUUAUUACUGGCUGCAUUUGUUCCUAUAGGUACACUUUCCUUCCUAAGCAAAAGAGAUUCUUCGAUGAAUUUUUCAUAGCAUACAAACAGCAGUUACAGGUAUAUGAAACUCUAGAAUUUUCCAAAUCUAUUACAAAACUGUGGAAAAAAUAGAGAUAAUUAACUAUAAAACUUGAGUUUUUUCUAAACAUGAAGUUUAAAAUGUAACAGUUCAUUCAUUUUUUCAUAAAUUAAAUAACUUUUAGAGUUUCAUACACCUGUAACUAUGGCUUGUAUGCUGUGCAAAAGUCAUCGAAGAAUCUCUCUUACUUUGGAAGAGAAGUGUACCUAUAGCAACAAAUGCAGCCAGUAGUAGGUGAAAAAAAUGAUGAACUUUCACAUGUAAAAAAAAAGUGUUUUGUUACGUUUUUGAGCUUCCAAUGCUAUCGGUAUGAAUCCUGAAUCCUUCCUGGUCAUGCUGUUAAAGUUUUAUGAAUUUAUUUGUAAAAGUAUAGACAGUGGAAAUUAAAAUGUCCUGUGGCGCCUCUCCUGCUUCAAGUCGGCCCGUUUGACGUCCUACCCCCCUUAACCGCUGAUUGUCAACGGCUGUUCUGUCUGUGAAACUACAGCUGUUAAUGGAGCUAAUCUGAUCAGCAUGGAAAGAACUUAAGCUGUACCUCGUAUUCUAAUGUAUCCGAAUAAGGUUCUUGUGUCCUUAAGAAUGUGUUCCGCUCACACGCUAAAGUAAAGCUGCACAACAGGUUCUAUAUUUAUACAUCACUGUAAAU